AUGCAAAAUUUAAGCAGUGCGAUCCAUAAAUCAUCACUUUCCAUUUAUAGAGCUGCUCAACCAAUUGUAGGAACUUUACCGCGAUUAGGGCAUUUUAGAAGAUAUUCCGCAGAAAAAGCCCAACUAGAAAAAAACGGUACAAUAAAAUGUGAAGAAAUUGAUAAGCAAGACAAUAAGUGGGAAUUGAAUCCGGAAUGCGGGGAAGGGGAAUGUCAUGAUGCCAGACGUCUUGAUGAGAUUUGUCCACCUGAUUCUCGGGCCAAGAAAGGUCCUUUCCAGCAAACCUGGGCAGAAUGCCCACCUCGUGUGAUUGAAGAAGUCCCGUUUUGCGCUGGCGAAAAGAUGCCUGUGGAUACACCACGAAAAGGGAAAGUUCGUGAUAUAGCAAAACAAGUGGGUCCCAUAGAUACAAACGAACACUGCAUGAAAAUCCAAUUACCAGGCUGCAAGGAACCUAGUAAAGCUGUCAAGUGUCAACGGACAAGACUACCCGCUGACUGUGUGCCCAUCCCAGCACCUACCCUUAGUUUUUCAGAAUGUGAAAAAGACUUACCCCCUUGGAGAGCUCCUACAGAAUGCAAUUGCUUUGAGAAGGAAUGCGCACCCACCGACACUUGA